AUCAAUAAAUAAGGAGAAGAAGAAAAUGAUCAGAAAAUGAAUGCAACGUCAUUCGUUGAUGCAAUUUUUGCAAUUUUUUUUCAUUCCUGAAUAUUUUUAAUUUAAGAUAGAAAAAAAUAACAAUAUGAAGUGGUACCCUGGAGGAAUAGCUGAAGCAAUUGGAUAUUCUAAAUCCAAGGGGGCGAUUUUCAUCGUUUACAUUGAAGGUACUGAUGAACAAUCACAAAAAAUAUCUAGUCUCAUCGAAAAUGGUGCACUUGGAAAAAAAUUAGAACAGGAACAUUUUGUAGCAAUAAAACUAGAGGCUGGUUCAGUUCCUCAUCAACAGUUCAGUGAAAUAUAUAAAGAACCAAGUGUUCCUUCGAUUUAUUUCAUUGGAAAAAGUGGAACGCCUCUAGACAUCAUAACUGGUAAUGAUAAUCUAGAAGAUGUUACAAAAAGAGUUGACAAUAUUUUAUCUAAGGCUGGAAUAACUACGAACACAACAGGUAGUUCAGCAGCAAACCUUUCUGCGAGUAUGAUAAGUGCAGAACGAACUGAAGUAUCAGACCAAAUGGAAUGUAAAAACGGAGUAUGCCAAAUUAAAAGUGAUGAGCCUUCUCAGGAUGAUAAAAAGGUUAAUCUACAGAAAGAGGAAAAUAUUCCUGACACUGGGAACCACAGUGCUUCUUCUGAAAAUAUAGGAAGUGUAAAGUUAACCGAUGAAGAGAAAAUUCAAAGAGCACAAAUGUUGUUAGAAGUUAAACGAAAAGAAAAAGAAAGAGAAGAGAAGGAGAAUGAACGUCUCAGAGAGUUAGAAAGACGCAAGAUGGGUCAGAAUGUUCAACAGAUGAAGAAAUGGCAGGAAGAUCAAGAACUGAAACAGCUCAAAGAAGAACGCGACAGAGAGAAACGUGAGAAUCAACAGGCUAGAGAACGAGUAUUGGCACAAAUUGCUCAAGAUAGAGUGGAACGAUUAUCCAAAUCGCAACCCCAAACGCAGUCCGUGAGCGAAACACCCAAACCAACUCAGCCUACUGUUCCCUCAGUCAAGUCGAAUACAACUCGUCUUCAGUUCCGACUACCAGAUGGCUCAUCUAACACACAAGAAUUUGCUAGUUCUGACCCAAUGCAGGCAGUCGUUUCCUACAUCAAAGCCAAUUUGAAAUUACCAUUUAAUGAUUUUACUCUGUCCACUACAUUUCCUAGAAGGGAAUUCACCAAUAAUGAUUAUUCUCAAACAUUGGUGGAUCUGCAGUUAGUUCCUAAUGCUGUUAUUUUGGUUUUACCAGCAAAUCAGGGAAUGGUGUCAACUCAUCCCGGAGGAACGUUCUCAUCUAUGAUCUGGUCUUUUCUUGCUCCAAUUUGGAAUAUUUUUGGAUAUCUGAAGAUUUUCAUUUUUGGUACCAAUCCAAAUGUGGCAGGAAGUAAAAGGCCUGCCGAAGAAUCUACAGAAUCCAGGGUGGAUCAACAGAAGAAGAGGGUUCGUGAAACAACAGUCAUCAAACGACAAGGCAAUAGCAAUAUUCAUAGAUUGGGUGAUAAUAAUGAUAGUGAUGAUGAAAAGAAAACCUGGAACGGCAAUUCCACACAACAGAUGUAAACUGAUAUAAGUGUAUUUUAAAACUAUUUAUCUAUUGUUAAUACAUUUGCAUACCUAAAAUAAAUUAAUGAUAGGUGUUUUGA